GUAUGUGAUGCGCCACUAAUCGUAUAUCACGUUGAUCAAAAAUUCCAGUGUAUAUUGCACUGAACUCUAUAAUGGUAUAUUGAUAUUAACACCAAAUUCCACCAAAUUCCAUCCAAUGUAUGCGAGGGCACAUCUUCAUGAUAUAUAGCUGUUUUGAUAGGAGAGCUCGAUAAAUUUUCCUCAUGCUUAUUGUUUCUGCUACAUGAAGUACAAGGAGAGGCACAAUUCAAGUUGUGAUGCAGUACACUUGUGCACAUGCUCUGGUGGCUGUCACUGGACGGAGGUGGACAACUCAAGCUCAGGAGAUGACUCCGAUGCCAAUGACUUUUUUGGCUCAUCCUCAGAGAGUGAGCCAAAACGUGACUCUGAAUUGAAGCCCAAGCUAGACAAUGGGCAUGGACAGUCUGAGGCUGUCACCCCGGCCUCUCGGUCUCAAAGCAGAAACUCUUCCUCAGCCUCUGAAGCUGAGGAUAAAUACAGCUACAGCAGUAAGACAGCGCCUGAGGACGAGAAGCGGAGUGAAACAUCCUCUGGAUCGCCCACUGCCAGCAGUAGCAGUGAGGAGAGCAGUGAUGAAAACAGUGAUGAUGAAGCAGAGAGUGAUAAUACAACAACAGACCGUUCAAGUAAAGCAUCAUCAGCCUCACUUGCUGUUGAAGUGAAGUUAUCUAAGAAGCAAACACAGAAAAGUAAAGCCAAACAAAAUAAGGAGAAGCAGUUGGGGGUGUCCCUGCUCGAGUUGUAUCCAAAGAGUCUGUCUUUGGUUGGGUUAAGCAGCGAGAAGAAAGAAAUCCAGACACGUCCAUUAGCUGACAGGCCCAAGUCGUCGGCAUCCGCCCGGCCAAGUCUGCAGACUCGCGUGCUGUCGAGAUCCAGAUCGCUGGAAGAGUUCACCGCCUCACUCCCGGAGAGACUGAAACAGAAAGGAUGGAACAUGGACACAACUGAACUGAUGCGUCUAAAUAAGGCGGUAUAUGAAGCAUGGUAUUUCCACAAAGAAGAAGAAGAGCAGAUGCUAAAGAAGGAAGCAGCCAAAAAGGAGCUAGAGAAUAAAAUGCAGAAACCGCGGAAGCUUUUUCAGAAAACAGUUCCAAGAAAAACUAGAAAAAUAAAGAUGUCUGAGAAGAUCAAAAUGAAGAUCGACAAAGAGGAUCCAGGAUGGGAUUGGAUGAAGGAGAAACUUGUCAAGAUGAAGAAUGCGAAAUUCAAGACCGACGCCAAGGCUAAGGAGGAGCGAGAAGUGCAAGAAAAACGCAAAGCCUCGAAAGUCGAAGAAGGUGCUUUGGCAUAUGCUGCUUGGAAGACACGUAAAGACGAAAUCGCUCAAGAGAAGCGUCGCAAGGAAAAGAAAGAAGCCAGAGAAAGGGCGAGAGCUGAAGAAGAAAAUGCACAAGAAAAUCGUAUUUCGGCUGAGAAGGUAUUUGAGCAGUACAAGGAGCGGGUGACCGCUGAGCAGCGUGAGGAGACGCUCCGGCUGCGGCGGCGGCAGCGCCGUCUGGCCGACCGCACCGCCCGGCUGCUGGAGACGCGCGACCGGCAGGCGGAGGCGCGCUACCACCAGUGGCUGCGGGAGGCCGCCGAGCGCGCCUCGGCUCCCCCCGACUCGGCCGACCGGCACACGCCGCCCCCGCCGCGGCCGCCCUGGUACCCGGGCGGUCUGCUGGCGGGCCGGCCGGCCACCGAGCCGCCGCCGGCACCGGCGCGGUCCGCGCGGCCCGCCAGCGCGCUGCGGACCGGAGGCGCCCGCGGCUGGCGUCCGUGCCACCAGACGCACUGCCCGGCGUGUCCAUGCGCGCCUCCGGCCGCCGAGGUGGUCAGCUCGAGCCGGCCGGAUGUGCGUCUUGCCGUGGACCAGCCGCUCACGUGCGCCAGUCGCCGCGCCGUGUUCGUUGUCCGCUGCCUGUUCUGCGAGCUGCAGUACGUCGGCUGGACGCUGCAGUCGAUCCGCGCGGCGUUCGCUCGCCAGCUGCGCGCCCUGCGUGAGGAGGCCGGCUCAACACUGGCCGACCAUAUCGCCGAACACCGUCGGAACAGCGAGCGGUUUGUGCCGCUCACCGAGUGCCUCGAGCUGACCGGCGUCCGCGCCUUCCCCGAGACUGCCUCUCGACACGCCGUGACGGAUUUCGCGCACGUGACGAAGGAGAUUCUGGGCACCAUCUCGCCAGACGGCAUCAACCGGGCCUGAUGGACUAUACAUGUCCUCAUCGGACGACAAGUCCCAAAGCCGCCGCACAUUCACAUUUUACACGUUUGAUACAUUACGUUUGAUACACUGUGUACACACGUUUGCACUACGAUUGAUUGUGAAUUAUUUCGACGCGCUAUUUACAUAGACGGAUUUUACCAUUAUUUGUGAUAAUGUAACGUGAAAGUUACUAGUCAAACGUGUGCAAUUUUUUGUAUUUUAGUUUAUAGUGUGGACGUUGUCCCCUGGUCUUAUCCAAGGCCAUCUUUAGAAUCUCAUCUCGCUGUGAUGUGAUUGUGUAAUAAAUCUACUCUGAUGUGUUUGA